CCAUCAACGGGGCAGGUUUCUGGGCGCAGCUCCACUGCUCCCGGUUGCAAGGUGGGGCGUGGCCGUGGUCGUGGCCGUGGUGGUGCUACACCUGCGAUGGUGGCGAGAAGGGCAGCAAAGCAUCCAAAUCGUGAUACAAACACUGUCCAAGUAGAUGUGUCCAUGCAUGACACGAGUCACACAACAACACCAAUGGAUGAAGAUGGAGAUCAUGUUAUUGUUUCAGAUGAUGAAGAAGAGGAUGAUGUGGAAGAGGUGGAGGUGCUACCUUCUAAGCGCAAGCUCACAUCUAAGGUUGGGUUGGAAAUGAAGAAGAUGAGGAUCAAUAGUGAAUGGAAGGCCAAGUGUAAUUGGUGUCCCAAGGUACUUACCGCGGGAUCGAGGAAUGGAACUAAGCAUCUUCGUUUGCAUCUUAAUAUUUGCACUCUUAAGAAGUUGAAGACCAAGGGAGGUAAAACUUUGAGUCAAUCCUCAUUGAAGGUGAGUGCCGAAGAGGAUGGGAAAGUGAGCAUGGAGAGCUAUACUUUUGAUCAAGAUUAUGCUAGAGUUGAGCUUGGCAACAUGUUGGUGUUGCAUGAUUACCCCUUGUCUAUGGUAGACCAUGUUGGUUUUAGGAGAUUUGUUGCUGCCCUUCAGCCGUUAUUCAAGCUUCAUACAAGAAAUACUAUCCGAUAUGAUAUUGUGGGAAGAUACAAAAUGGAAAGGAAGAAGGCCAUCGAGUACAUGAGUAUGAUCCAAUCAAGGGUUGCUGUCACCACUGAUAUGUGGACCUCUAACAGCCAAAAGAAGGGAUAUAUGGCUAUCACAGCCCAUUUCAUUGAUGAGUCGUGGAGGCUAAGGAACAUUCUCAUGAGGUAUAUUGUAGUGAAAGCAUUAAAUAUUGCGCCGUGCCUAUUUUCAGCUUUUGCCAACUCUCAAACUGCUGUGUAUGUGUGCAUAUUGUAGGUUUAUUUAUGUUCCUGCACCACAUAAUGCGGCUGCUAUAGCUGGGAUGCUUCAUGAGUCGUUGGUGGAAUGGAAUCUUGAUGAGAAGCUCUUGACCGUGACAGUUGAUAAUUGCAACGUCAACGACAAGGUAGUUGA